GUCAUCAAUGUCGUCACAAAGUGGUCAUUUAACUGCAAAGCCUCACCUCAAAGUGCCGGUGGGCAGCCUGGGGAUGGUGCUUCCCCUGCUCGGCGGCGCAUCCAGCCGUCCAAACAAAUUGCUUGACCAGGACUUGUGUCUCAGCGCGUCCAAUUUGGCCAAAACAAACUGUCUGCUGUUAACAGAUGUACCUUCCAGCACACGACUGGCGCAAUCAACAACAACUUUUUCCUGUUUAUUGUCGCCGAGGAGGAGUGGGCGCUGCUGAUUGGCCAGUUCUACCCGGAAAAAAGAGCUCCGAUUCUAUUGAUUGGCGUCCGAGGAGACUUGAGGUGUGCUUGAUUUGUUAUAACUUUCCGCUGUGAACGGGUGGAGUCCCAACACUUUAACGCAGCGACGAUCACUUCAUUUCGUUACAUAAAUAAAACAGUCCUACUACAUUUAUACAGAACAAAAUCUGUGGUACAGCAUUCUAGAAAAAAUUGUGGUGUAGUGCCCUCGUGUGUCCAGUAGUGAGUACUACAAGCUACCUGUUUUUAUUUGACGGCAGACUAUUUUUUUAUAUCAACAUCAGUAUCUUCAUAUUGCAUGUAUUAUUACUUGUAUGCUGCUGUCUGUAAUGACUAAGCGAUGAUUUAACAACAUUACGUUUACUUGAAGCUGCUUUGUUUAAGUACAGCCAGCUAGUUGAAGCUAGCUUGUAGUUGACAAUGAAAUGUGAACUUUAUCUAUCUCCUCUUCCACCGCAAUGACAGACAGAUGUAGAGCUAGUGUAGUUAGAUAUAGAACCAGCCAACAUAGUCAGUUCGGUAGACUGCAGGCUGAUUAAAAAUGAGUCACCAUGGCAACGAGCGGGCCAAUGGGGGCCCAGGAAGCUGUUUACAAGGGGGUGUAACGUUUCUAUGGUUGCCUGCUCAGGUAUUAAAAGUCCCCCCCCCCGGACUGCUGUCUUUAGUCUUCUUCGUCCUUACUUUGUCUUCACUCUUUCUCUCACGCACACGCGCACGCACACAGGUGCAGGAGCAUCGAUCGAGCUGACAGCAGGAAGCUUUCUGGAAACUUCUGAGUGGGACGUGCACGCGCGCAGGUGUGAAGAGAAACUGACUGUGUGCUGCGUGUGGAAGGGGGGGCUAGGAGGAGGAGGGGUGGCACCAUGGAAGGUUCGUUCGGGCUGGAGGAGGAGCUGGUGGCGGCCGCGGCCCAGGCCGAAGAGCGGGACGUGCAGGGCUCCGGUUCCGUGAGUCUGGACGACAGCCUGACCAGCCUGCAGUGGCUGCAGGACUUCUCCAUUCUGGGGGGCAGCGUCCCCCAGAGCCUGCUCGGCCACCGGCAGCUGGGCUCUGACGCGCCGGCCUCCCCCUUGGCCGCGGACCCCGCCUCCAUGGGGGCACCGCUGACGCCCGGGAAGCCCACCGCGGCGGCCUACAGCCGGAUGCAGCCCCUCCCCGCUAUCGUGGCCCGCGGGCACUGUCCCGACGAGGUGGACUACAAGACGGACGCGCGCGUCAAGCCGCCGUACUCGUACGCGCACCUCAUCUGCAUGGCCAUGCACGCCAGUCCCGCAAGCAAGAUGACAUUGGCGGGAAUCUACAAGUGGAUCACGGACAACUUCUGCUACUUCCGCCACGCGGAGCCCACCUGGCAGAAUUCCAUCAGACACAACCUGUCACUCAACAAGUGUUUCAUCAAAGUUCCGCGCGGGAAAGACGAGCCGGGGAAGGGCGGCUUCUGGAAGAUUGACCCACAGUAUGCAGAGCGCCUCCUGAGCGGCGCCUACAAGAAGCGCCGCAUGCCGCCGGUCCGCAUCAACCCGGCGCUGCAGAGCAGGCUGGGACUCCACCUGCGACCUCCAUCCGCCAGCUCCCCAUCUGGGGGGCCCCCUGUCAUCCCAGCUGAGUCCCAGCGGCUCCUGCGGGAGUUUGAGGAGGCCACAGGCACGGACCACAACUGGGACCCUCAUCUGGCUGACGGGACCAUGCUGGGGUCCUGGCCCGCUGUCAGGGGCGGCUCCAAGAGGAAGUCAGCACGCAGAAACGGCACCAGUAGGCCCCCCCGCCGCUCCAGCUCCCCCCUGCUCCCUGCAGAGGAAGAAAAGGAGAGCGGCAUUCUCAAAGGAGACUUCGACUGGGACGCCCUGCUGGACUCGGCGCUGAGCGGCCAGCUGGCUCUGGACCCCCUCAUGAAGGAGGAGGACCCGACCGCCCGCGACGACGCCCAAAAGCGCAAACGGGCAUCGGACCUGGACGAGGAGACCUUCCUCAGCGCCGCCUUCCUAGAGAGCGCCUGGCAGGAAGAGGCGGAGCCAGAGCGCACAGACUUCCUGUGUCACUCGGCCGUCAACCUGGAGCAGCUCUUUGACCUCGCUGACCCCCUCAGCGUCGACCCCCGUGGUGACCCCCUCCUAUGAGGUCACCUUGACCCCGACAGACGUUCCUACGCUCCAGUGACUUCCUGUUUACCACCGAAUGAACACGGCUACUUCCUGUGUAAGGGCACCGUGAGGGCGGAUCAUGUGACGUCAAAGACUUGGAUGUUGAUUGACAGGUGUAUGAUGAUGUCAUAGUUCAUGAUGGCCUCUUUUAUUCUUUUUAUUUUCACACAAUAAAAAUGU